CAUUCGUUUUCACAACCUAUCAACAACUGCAAGUGUUAGUCUGUCAUGAUCAGCUGUGUUGUGAAGGUAGCAGAGACUUAGGGGCCUAAAUCAGUUUAGGACAAUUUAUCGACAUGGAACUCGAUAAAUGGCCCAUAUUCAGCUUGCUGAAGGCAGAUUUUGUGGAGAAAAUGAAAUUAGCUUGUGUCUUCGGGAGUCUAGGUAACGAAGCUGUAAUUGUGACAAAGGAUGAUGAUGUUUAUGCACUUGGUUUUAAUGGUUCAGGAUGCCUUGGAGUUGGAGACCAAAACAGCACCAUGGUUCCUCGUAAGAUAGAAGCCCUGUGUCAGAAAAAAGUGAAAGGGAUUGCCUAUGGUAGUGGGCCCCACGUUUUAGCAUAUACUGAAAGUGGGGAGCUUUACUCUUGGGGUCACAAUGGUUAUUGUCAGCUUGGAAAUGGGUCCACAAACCAAGGCCUUACACCUUAUCUUGUGACCACACAUCUCCACAACAAACGGGUCAUACGGGUCGCUGCUGGAUCUCAUCACUCACUGGCUCUCACGGAUGAAGGCGAGGUCCUUGCAUGGGGUCAGAAUAACUGUGGACAGGUUGGUUCUGGUACCACCACAAAUCAGCCCACACCAAGGAAGGUUAUCCCAAGCAUAGGUGGAAGAAGGGUGGUUGAUAUAGCAUGUGGUCAAACCUCAUCAAUGGCAGUUAUGGAUAAUGGAGAGGUUUAUGGGUGGGGCCUCAACAGUAAUGGCCAGUUGGGACUUGGAAAUAAUGUGAAUCAGCAUAAUACAUGUCGUGUGACAGCUCUUCAGGGUGUAGUGAUCACUAAGAUUGUUUGUGGGUAUUCACAUACUCUUGCACUCAGUGAUGAAGGUAGCCUAUGGGCUUGGGGUGCAAACAGUUAUGGGCAACUAGGUACUGGAAACAAAGCUAAUCAGUGUGCUCCUGUUCGAGUUGCUCAAGACAUAGGACGUAUUGUUGACAUAGCUUGCUCGCAUUACUGUCAUCUUUCAGCCGCAAUGACUCAGAAUUCAAAAAUUUACCUGUGGGGACACUGCAAAGGCCAGAGUGUGGUUAGUCCCUUAGAAACAGACUUUAGUAGCCUACAUGAGGUCUUUGCUCUUUGGGCAUCUCCUAGUGUAACUUACGAGCCUCUUAAUGUUACUGCCUUCACCCGAUCUUCCUUAGCACAAGCCAUGGCAUUAGCUUUAGAUGACGAGGAGACUGCUGAUGUGGUGUUUGUGGUUGAUGACAGGAGAAUUAGAGCACAUCGCGCAGUACUGAAAAUUAGGUGUCAAUACUUCCGCAAUAUGUUUCAGGAACAUUGGAAGGAGAAUAACUUGGAGGAGGUGGAAGUUAAAGAUUACUCGUUUGUGGUAUUCCGGGCUUUUUUGCAAUAUAUAUACACUGACACCGUCAAUGUUUCCCCAGAAGAUGCCAUAGGUUUGUUAGAUUUGGCUAAUGCGUAUUGUGAGGAAGCAUUGAAACGACACUGUGAGCGUAUUAUUCGCCAUGGGAUUACAACAGAAAAUGCUGCCAUGUUGUAUGCUGUUGCUAUCAAAUAUGAAGCUACAGAGCUUGAAGAAUUUUGUUUUCGUUUUGCUCUCAACCACAUGACUGAAGUUGCCCAGACUGAAGCUUUCAUGGCUCUGGAUGAGUUGACAGUGAAAAAUUUUAUCCAGAGAGCUGCACAGCAUGGGGCAUUUAAGUACUGAUAUUCCAGCUACUUGUUGAUGAGGAUCCAGCAGCAACAGCAGCCCAGGCAUGGUCACCACUCUUAACAUUGCACAGUGAAGAUUAGAUCAUGACUUAUGAAGAAGUGUGUUUACAGCAUGAAGAUUAUUAAAUGUAGGCUUUUGAGAGAUGAAAAAACUUUGUUAGACUGAAAGUUAAGACAGGAUUCUAGGUUUUAGCCAAAGAUUAUUUGUUUGAAUAAGUUAAAGUGAAGUUAAAGUCUUUCUAAAAGUUACAUGUAGUCGUAUUACUGGGAUGUAUUUUGUUCACGGAGGUUUGUUUUGAUGCCUCGUAAGAGAUCUUUUUUGGGAGGGGAGGGCCUUUGGAAUUCUGGAAGUUGAUGAAUUUCCUUAAAGUGGAGGAAAGAGCAACUUAUCAGAGUUGAAACAAAUAAUCAGGUAACGUUUGUGGCGAUACUGUGAUAAUUUUUUCCACAAUUUUAUAUACUUUAUUUUUAAGAAUUUUUAUCUGAUUGUUUUUUAUAUUUUCUUUACUUUUCAUUGUGAUACUAGGUUGUAUAGAAACAUGACUUAUGUCAUUGUUUGUCUUCUUUCUCUAUAUGUGUAGCAGUUAAGUUUGUCUUGUUUUAAUGAUUUUUUGUGUGGAUAGGACAUCAGUGGCAAUCUCAUAAAUUUUGGAUUACAAAAUUCAUAGGUAACUUUCAGUUACAUAUUUACAAAGGCAAGUGCUCUAAGCACGUGUUUUCAUGUAUAAAUGCUCCAUUAAUGAAAUUCAGAUCAAUUACAUAAGCACUGUAUUCACUUUUUUCCUUAUUUUUUUUUCUUAUAAAGGGUGGGAUGGAGUUGUCACUAAUUUUUUUAUAGAAAAAUGUGUAACCGGAUUUAUUCUUUUUAAGACAAAAAGUAAUUUGUUUGCUAAUUUUGUUUGGUGGCUCCAAGUCAAGGGUUGUUGGUAUUUGUUUAAAAAUUUUCUGUUAUGAACUACAGUAUGGUGUUUUUCUUAAUCCAUAUUGAUUUUUUGUUGAUAAGCACCAUUCUUAUUGUCAGUUCAUAAGUAUUAGUGCCAACUCUCUCUCUCUCUCUCUCUCUCUCUCUCUCUCUCUC